AUGGACUCGAGCGGUGCGCGUGCCCAGGCGACGACGACGACGACGACUGUGAAUGUAAACGCGAACGCGAGCGCAGCAUAUGGUCGCACCGCCAGCGCGCCCUUUGGCCAUGCCGCCGCCGCCGCCGCAGCAGCAGCAGGCGACGACAGCGACGCCGCCCUUUGGCCGCAGCAGCCGGUGCAGCUUGCGCGCGGACGGCAACCACGCGACGCGCAGGCCAAGAUCAUUCCAUACCAUGUCUCGUCCAUGGACGAGUUCGAGACGGCCCUGCGCGAGUACCUCGACGCCCCGCCCGAGCAGCCUGAGCACACCGAGGCCCAGCUCUCCUUCUGGAUCGGCACAAGCUUCAUGGUGUCGGCUCCAGGCGCCCAUUCCAGCGCACAGCAGCAGCAACAGCAGCAAGAACAACAACAAGAACAAGAACAACAACAAGAACAACAACAACAACAAAAACAACAGGAACAACAACAACAACAACAACAACAACAACAACAACAACAACAACAACAACAACAACAACAACAACAACAACAAUCUCCGCCGCCGCCACCAUCACAACACCAACAACACCAACAACAUCGACACCAACACCAGCCACUCCCUGCCCAGCAGAACCCGCACGCGCCCCCGGGCUACCAGCCUGCGCAUGGCUUCCCCACACAGUACGGCGGACCCUACCAGUCCGUCUCAGACCCCGCCAUGGCCCUGACCCUGCCGUCCGCCUUCCCGCAGCCGUCGCUGCCAGACGACGCGAGCAGCACCAGCACCAGCACGCCAAACAAAAAACCCGAGCACAAGGUCAGCAUGAGCGUCAUGGAGGCCCUGCAGCAAACGGCCGACCCCAAGGACAAGAUGCGCAAGCAGCGCGCCAUCGCAAAGUGCGCCGUCGACGCCAUCCAGAGGAUCGACGGCUACCGCUACAGCUUCCACAACUGCUGGAACAGCAGAGAAGACGACAGCUUCCGCUUCUCCUACUACUGCAACGACUCGCUGCUCAACAAGGACCGCGCCGCCAAUGGCAAGGGGGCUAAGCUGGGCAAGCGUGCCACCAAGCCAGUCUACGACUGCAAAGGCGUCCUGUCCAUCAAGUUCUCCGCCACCAAGGAGACGCUGGACGUCUUCUACAAGCACGUCCCCAUCCACAAGACGUACGAGGAGCGAGCACCCCCUCCGCGCAAGGACUCGAAACGCCGCAAGUUCCUCGAGGAGAACGACCCCGAGGCGCUGGCGAGGAUAGCGAACCGGCCCAAGGACGACAGUGUUGAGCCCAUACCCAAACUGAAGAAGAAGAAGCUCUCGAAACCGGACCCGCCCAGGCCAUCCAACACGUCGCUCGAGAGCGAUCUGAGAGCACAGAGUCUGCAGUCCCUGCUGCUGCUGAUCAGAGAUGAUCCGUCUGCGCCGCCUGAGCCACCUCUUCACGAGUCAGACUCGCCUGUCGUCCAGCAACCCGUCACAGUUCUGCAGUCGCCGAUUCAGCCGCCCCGGAACCAGCUGGUCCAGCAACAACAGCAACAGCGAAGGCGGCCGAGGAACAGCUGCGACGUCUGCAAGGCCAAGAAGACUAAGUGCGACGGUGUCAGACCAGUGUGCCAGACCUGUGCUGACAAGAACCGGCAAUGCUUCUACUCUGAACCGCCUCCCAGUGAGGACCGUCGUCAGCCAAUGGGAGUGGGUGAGCCAGUACGCCAGGUACAAGCUCCGAGCAGCGAGCUGUCUGAGCUCGAGAAGAUGAAGAGGGAGCUGGAAGAAGCAAAGGCGCGAAUUCAACAACUGGAACAGGAGAAGCAAACAUCUACGACACCCGUGCAGGCGCCGCAGACAGCUCCACAGCCGCAGUCCCAGCCCCAGCCACAUGCUCCGCCCCAGAAGCGCCCUUCCCUCCCUCACUCGCAGACACAAACACAUACGCAGCAACCACAACAGCAGCAACGCCACCAGGCGGUUGCACAGAACCAUCGCCAACAACUGCAACAACUCAACCAAGCUGCCCAGCGCCGCAACAGCCCCCAGCAGAUGGCUUACACCCUGGACGGACAGCCGGUGCAGCAGCAACAACACCUACAGAGCCCACGCCAGCCAUUGCAGACGGCGCAACAGCAGCUGCAAGCUGCUGCGCAAGCAAUGCCCCUCCAAGCCCAGCAGAGCUACUUCACAGCUGCCAACCACACGCCCUACGUCGCACUGAACCGCUCCAUGACGCAGGGCUCCCUAUCAUCCCAAUCCGCGCAGAACGCACUGUCCUCGCAGAACUCGUUGUCGUCCUCCACCGGACUAGGACAGACGCAGCCGCAGACUCAGAUGCACAACAGCGGCAGCCUCGCAAACGGCGGGUCUGUCGACGCGACUACGCUGUACGGAAGCGUAGGGAGGAACGAUCUCGGCUGGCCGCCUGCCGCGUACUACGGGUACCAGAGCGCGCAGCAGCAACAGCAGCAACAGCAGCAGCAGCAGCAACAACAACAGCAGCAGCAAGACCAGUGGGGUGCAGCGCGGGGAUCGAAUGUCUUCCGAUGA